AUGGCGAUUGCUGUGGUGGCGCUGGCUCUACCGUUGUGUCUAGUGGGGCUGGUGUACUGCGUCGACCCGACAAAGAGUGGCAACCUGAGCUCCCUCCACCGCCUCGUGCUCGAGGACUUGCCGGCAUUAACUAGCGCCGCGCUGUUGAAGCUUUGUGGGCCACGUAUUCACAGUGGAGUGGUCGACUCAGUGGAUUACGUCUUGUAUCGACCGAACCCGCUCAUGCAGAUGGUGUACUUGCACUUGGUCAUUGGAGGAUACGCUCUUUUUGUUAUGUUUGCUCAACCAUUGCUGCCAAACGUGUACUUGUCAUACAACCACGUGUACUUCACAGGAGGGGCCGCCUUGCUGGCAUUGCUGACGUUUAUUCAAGCUAGCACUGCGAACCCUGGCAUCGUUACCAUGCGCACGAUGGCGGAGUACCAGACGUACAAUUUCGACGAAGUCAUGUACAAGACAGCAAAUUCGUGCAAGACGUGUCGCUGCAACAAGCCGGCUCGAUCCAAGCACUGUUCUGUCUGCGACAUGUGUGUUGCUCGCUUCGACCACCCCUGGUUGAACUCGUGUGUUGGGGAACGCAAUUACCGCUACUUUGUGCUGUUCAUUCUGGUAAAUGCUGGUCUGUGCGCUUACAGCGCUGUCGUUCUCUUAUACACACUCUUAGGCGAGGUGGUAGCUCUCCAACUGUUCGAGUCCAAGUACAUCAACCAAGCCACGGGGGAACCCACGGACGCAACUGUGUGGAUCGUGACUCGAUACGUCAUUUACCUGUAUCCCGUUGUGUGCAUGCUCUUUUUCAUGUGCGUUGUCAUGGGUAUGAGUCCGUGCGUACCGAAUGAAGUUGCUCUGAUGUCGAGGAGGCUGUAGGAGUUGCCUUGAUCGCUUUUUCUGUCUUUCACGCCUACUUGAUUGUUUCGAAUCGCACCACGAACGAGUUCUUCAAGUAUGUUGCACGUGGGUGGCGGUACUUGCAGAUUGCUGCCGUUAGGCAGAGAAGCAUGACAGCAAACGCCCAAGCUACCGCGAAGUCGUUUUACAGCCAGUCAGUGGCUCGAAAUGUGGCCGAGGUGCUUUUUCCACGAUGUGCAGCGCCAAAGGCCAUGAAACAGGACUAGAAAAGUGCCGAUUUCGCCAAUGUCUAAGAGAUUCACUUCAUUUUGAGCUGGUC